UUCGCAGCCCGGAUCUUCUUCGCCUCCAAGCAAAGCGAAUCGAGAGCAGACGAAACCCGACGGACGAACCAGAUACGCGCAGACGACCUCGGCGGCGGCGGAAUCGAGCUCCGUGGUAGGCGGGCGGAGUCGAGCGAGCACGCCAUGGCGGCGGCGGCGGUGAUGGUGAGCUCGGCCAGCGCGCUGCUGGCGAUGCUGCAGGAGCCGGCGGCCGAGCUCAAGCUGCACGCGCUCUCCAACCUCAACUCCCUCGUCCACGUCUUCUGGCCCGAGAUCUCCACCAGCGUCCCAGCCAUUGAGAGUUUGUAUGAAGAUGAGGAGUUCGACCAAAGGCAGCUUGCAGCACUGGUUGUUUCUAAGGUGUUUUACUACUUGGGCGAGCUAAAUGAUUCUCUGUCAUAUGCACUUGGUGCUGGACCCCUAUUUGAUGUCUCGGAGGAUUCUGAUUAUGCUAAUACACUAUUAGCACGAGCAUUAGAUGAAUAUGCCAGCAUCAGGUCUAAGGCUUCCAAGGCUACAGGGGAGGAAGAAAUGAUGGAUCCGAGAUUGGAAGUUAUUGUGGAGAGAAUGCUAGACAAGUGUAUUCUCGAUGGCAAAUACCAACAGGCUAUGGGUAUGGCUGUUGAAUGCAGGCGGCUUGAUAAACUGGAGGAAGCAAUCACUCGAUCUGACAAUCUUCAUGGAGCUCUUUCUUACUGCAUAAAUCUAUCUCACCAAUAUGUUGGCCAUCGUGAAUAUCGCUGUGAGAUUCUUCGUUGUCUUGUAAAAAUCUACCAGACAUUGUCAGAUCCGGAUUAUUUAAGCAUUUGCCAGUGUCUCAUGUUUCUGGAUGAGCAUGAGACUGUUGCAAAUAUCUUGUACACGCUGUUCUCUGGAGGCACGGACGAUACUCUCCUUGCAUACCAAAUUGCUUUUGAUCUUGUUGAAAAUGAAAAUCAGGCUUUUCUCCUGAAUGUGCGGAAUCACCUUGAUACAUUGUGUAUCCCUAAAUCGGCUCUACCAGGUGGUCAAACUGGUAAUGCUACAGAUCCAUCUGGGGAUACCCAGAUGGGAGACGAUGUUGACAUAAUGAAUGGAAGUCCUCGGGUUGUGGAUCCAAUUGAAGAAGCACGUGCUGAUAGGUUGACAAAAAUUAGGGGGAUAUUGUCAGGGGAGACAUCUAUUCAGCUGACGUUACAGUUUUUAUAUAGCCAUAAUAGGUCUGAUCUUUUGAUCCUGAAGACUAUAAAGCAGGCUUUGGAAAUGAGGAACAGUGUUUGCCAUAGUGCAACUAUAUGUUCCAAUGCAAUCAUGCAUGCAGGAACAACAGUUGAUACCUUCCUCAGAGAAAACUUGGAAUGGUUAAGUAGGGCAACCAAUUGGGCUAAGUUCAGUGCCACUGCUGGACUAGGUGUUAUUCAUAGAGGCCACCUUCAGCAAGGCAGAGCUUUGAUGGCUCCCUAUCUGCCACAGGGUGGUGCUGCAGGCGGUGGCAGUCCAUACUCAGAAGGUGGUGCCCUCUAUGCUCUAGGCUUGAUUCAUGCCAACCAUGGAGAGGGAAUCACACAUUUUCUUCGUGAGAGCCUUCGCAAUACUAGUUCUGAGGUUGUCCAGCAUGGUGCCUGUUUAGGACUUGGGCUUGCCGGUUUAGGCACAGCUGAUGAGGAAAUAUUCGAGGACAUCAAGAAUGUUCUCUACACAGACAGUGCUGUGGCUAGUGAGGCAGCUGGUAUUGGCCUGGGCUUGCUUAUGGUUGGAACAGCCACUGAGAAGGCUGGAGAAAUGCUUGCCUAUGCACAUGAUACACAACAUGAGAAGAUUAUUAGGGGCUUGGCACUUGGAAUUGCAUUGACAGUGUAUGGAAGGGAAGAGGAAGCUGACACUUUGAUUGAACAAAUGACUAGAGAUCAAGAUCCCAUACUUCGCUAUGGUGGUAUGUAUGCAUUGGCUCUAGCAUACAGGGGAACCGCAAAUAACAAAGCUAUCCACCAGCUUUUGCAUUUUGCUGUGUCGGAUGUGAACGAUGAUGUGCGGAGGACCGCAGUAUUGGCUCUUGGCUUCGUCCUGUACAAUGAACCUGAGCAGACUCCCAGAAUUGUGUCCCUGCUCUCUGAGUCAUACAAUCCACAUGUCCGCUAUGGUGCAGCUCUAGCGGUUGGAAUCUCCUGUGCAGGAACAGGGUUAAACGAUGCAAUCUCCUUGCUGGAGCCUCUUACUUCUGAUGUUGUGGACUUUGUGCGUCAGGGCGCCCUCAUUGCAAUGGCAAUGGUCAUGAUCCAGACUAAUGAAUCGUAUGACCCUCGUGUUGGAACAUUCAGGCGCCAGUUGGAAAAAAUCGUUCUUGACAAACACGAGGACACCAUGAGUAAGAUGGGUGCCAUACUGGCUUCUGGCAUCCUCGAUGCGGGUGGUAGGAACGUCACCAUCAAGCUCAAGUCGAGGUCAAAGCAUGACAAGCUCACUGCUGUUGUUGGCCUGGCUGUUUUCACACAGUUCUGGUACUGGUACCCGCUCACCUAUUUCAUCAGCUUGGCCUUCUCUCCAACAGCCAUCAUUGGCCUGAACUCUGAUCUGCAAAUGCCAAAGCUCGAGUUUCUGUCCAAUGCUAAACCAUCACUCUUCGAUUACCCCAAGCCAACAACUCAGCAAACUGCAACUGCAACAGUUAAGCUGCCAACAGCCAUUUUGUCAACCUAUGCCAAGGCAAAAUCUAGGGCUUCGAAGAAGGACGCGGAGAAAGCUCAGGAGAAGGCAGAGGCAGCCGAGGGAAAGGCAGAGGCCCCACCCAGCGAAGACGCUUCUACGUCCAUGCAGGUUGACGGUGUUGCUGCGGAGAAGAAGGCGCCUGAACCAGAACCGACGUUCCAGAUCCUGGCAAACCCAGCCAGGGUUCUCCCUGCCCAGGAGAAGUUCAUAAAGUUCCUGGAGAGCAGCCGAUACGUGCCUGUGAAGGGUGCUCCCUCUGGGUUCGUCCUCCUGCGGGACCUCAGGCCAGAAGAUGCCGAGGAACUAGUCCUCGCUGACACCCCCUCGACAGUGGCAACGAAUGUCAGCGGCACUGCAGCUGCUAGCCCAGCCGUCGAGGAGGAGCCCCAGCCGCCCCAGCCGUUUGAGUACAGCCCGUGAUGUUGACUGAUGGAUUGAUUCACCCCCCCAUGAAAUGUUUGGGUUGUUUGUAAUUGUUGGCAGGAACUGGAUGUUUUGUUACGGCUAAUUCAUUUCUUUCAGUCGUCACAGGAAUGUCUUUGUAUAAUUCAUUUUUGCUCAUCAUUUAGUGCAUUGGAAAUUCGGAAUUUUUGCUGUUGGAUUCUUUGUGUCGACACCGUGGGGCUGGACUAAAUAGAAUUUCACUUUGUUC